CUGCCUUCCUUAGCUUAGCUAGCCUGUUAGUUGGUGACUUAUUCAGGAUAAACUUCCCUAAUCACUAUAAUUUUACCUUAAAAUCCACCACAUAUUUGAGACUGUGUACCCUUGAUUAAUAUAGCUAUGAAGUUGGUUGUAAUUCUUAAUGUGUUAUUUUCAGUUGGAGUUUUCGGAGAUGGGGAAGUGAUAAUUGUCAGUAAAUCUCCAAAUCUGGAAUUCCGAGGACACGCAGAAUGUGACUCUUAUAUUGUCAAGGAUAUAUUGUCUACUAGUCUUGGCUUUACCACCUACCCGAUGAGCGACUGGCCUGGAGUGUACAUCACAAGUCCGUUUAACUUUGCCGAGUCCGUAGUGGUGAUUGCCGUUCAUGGAGUGGCGUCACUACCGAUCACUGACGGACACAAGUUCCCGUAUGUUGCUGAUUCACCAUCGGAUGAAAUCUGGGCUACCCUUGAAUCCAAGAUCCUGGAGCGCUACCCUUACGGAGAAAACCAAAGCUUGGUGGAGUUGAACUUAGAGGACGACUUAAGAGCUAGCGAAAUCAACCUCAACAAAGGCAGUUUGAAAGCAAACAGACCAACUGUCAAGUUCUUGAAUGAAGAAGAAGACGAUGACUCUGGUUUUAUCAGCCAAAUCAGCACUUGGAGGGCAGUUUUGGACAAGGUUGAAGAGAAGGGAGUUCCACUUGACGGUUUGCCAGAUCUGUACUGGUUGAAUCUGCGAGGCCUUCACCCUAUUGUCGACAUCUACGGUGACAAUUCUGAGGCUGCCAACGAAGCCAAGAACAUGGUUGUGUCUGCUAUUGACAGGACUAAGGAAGUUUUUGAACGGGCUUACAACAACAAGACCCUCGUGCUCGUACUGCUCAGUGAUGCGGCUCACACUAGAAGGUUCAGACGAGCUGCUGAUGAGGUAACUGCUAAACUGAACCUGGCCCCUGUCUAUGAUGAGAACUACCCAGUCUUCUUCAACAUCUUUCUGUGGUUCACCAUUGCUUUCAUCAUGUCCAUAAUUGCUACUUCAAUGGUGACAGCAUGCAUGGAUCCCGGUCGUGACUCCAUCAUAUACAGAAUGACAAGUACUCGUAUGAAGAAAGACAAUUAAACUACUUCAGAACUGUUGUGUUAAUUUACAAUUAGAUCGUCUGGUACUUAGAGUCGUAGGCAGUAUUUUUAUUUGUAAAUAUAAACACGUAACAUAGAUCAACUUGUACCAUUCCAUGUUGUAAAUGUUGUUAUGGAUCACAGAUUAAAUAGCUGUCAAAGUUAGGGUGUUGGCUGUAAAUAAAAUGGUGUCAUUUUCAUUUUGACGUAAUGUUAUCUGCUUAUGUAAUUUGUUUGUACAGUAAAAUUUGAAUAUGUACCUAGUUGUUUAAACUCAAAGUAAUGUAAUUUUAUUUCAAUUCUCGGUUGUUUGUUUUUAACACUCUUUAAAAUAAAGACAAGUGUGUAUCCCUCA